GGACGUGUGGUUUUGGGGUUGGACAUCAGCAGCCGUUAUAAAUAGUAGAACUGAUGGAUCAUUACAUUCUUUCGCAAACUUGGAAGCAGCAGAACUGAUGCGACUCUUCACAAAUAUGACUCAGCCUCUGAGCCUGAAAGGAUGAGUUCGAAGACCAAGAAAAAAACUGGAACGUCCUUCGGGGCAACAUCUCCACCCUUCAUUGACUACCUGCAAGAUAUUCUCCGUCGGUAUCCAGAUGGUGGACAAAUUUUGAAGGAGCUGAUUCAAAAUGCAGAUGAUGCUCAAGCCACGGAAGUGGUUUUCAUCCAUGAUGAGAGAAGCUAUGGGACUGAGAGCCUUUGGACCAAUGAAUUGGGAGAAUACCAAGGUCCUGCUCUCUACGCCUACAACAAUGCAGCGUUCACUGAGGAUGACUGGAAGGGAAUUCAGAUGUCAGGGCGGAGUGGCAAGCGCAAUGACCCAAACAAAGUCGGGAGGUUUGGAAUCGGCUUCAACUCUGUUUACCACAUAACAGAUGUGCCAAGUAUAUUCAGUUCAGAGCACCUUGGCAUGAUGGACCCCCAAGAAACAAUAUUUGGAGAAAGGAGGGGGGGUUUUCUGUGGUCGUUGGAUGAUGCAGAACACCAAGAAGCUCUAACUACUAUGCAUGAUCAGUUCCAACCCUUUCGGGAUAUAGUUUCACUUGUAAGCAAACGAGAAUGGUCAAAAGUCAUCAUGGAGGAUCAGCACUUUGACGGGUCAAUUUUCAGGUUCCCCUUGCGCAAUAAGGCAUCAGAUAUUUCAGAUAAUCUAUAUGACUCGAACAAGGUGGUUGAGCUUUUUGAUAGCUUCAUUAUGGAUGCAGACUUGAGCCUUCUGUUCCUGAAAAAUGUGACCUCUGUGUCCUUGAUACAUAUCGAUGUACAUGGCACUGUUAACACCAGACUUGAAGUGAACUCCUCAGUCCCCACAGAUGUCAUUCUGGAGUCAGAAGAGGAGUCAAUCGUCGAGGGUUCAACAAGGUUCAAAUUGAUAACCCUCAACUCAGAGGACCAAAAAGAAACAAAGUGGCUUGUGACAACAUGUACCAUGAAAGAAGGCAAUGUGGAAAAUCUUGAUUCACUUGCAAAAAAGUUGAGCUUUUUCCCUCAAGUUGACUUGGCAUUCCCUUGUGGUGAGAAGAGAGACUGUAGUGAGAGUAGACUGAGCUGCUUUCUUCCUCUCCCAAACAAUGAAUCCAACAAGACGGGACUCCCAGUUUAUAUCAACGCGUGCUUUGGCCUCACAGACAACAGAAGACACAUCAAGUGGCAAGAGGAAGACCAGAAACAUGACGAACAUGCUGUGUGGAAUGAAUUGCUGAUGAAGGAGGUGCUCCCACAGGCAUACCUCAUGAUCAUGCAAGAUGCCAUCAAACUUGCCCAAGAAUCUAUUCUGCCUGUCUCUUCCGUGUACGAUCUUUGGCCAGAUAUCGCCCAGAUAAAGCACAAAGACAAGUGGCAUGCCGUUGCUCUGGAUGUUUUUCAUCACUUAUUCCGACAGAAUGUGGCUGUCCUCUCUCUUGCCAAAGAUGAAAGAGAGUUCAUCACUCUAUCGGAAGCCGUGUUCCCCUGUAAUGGACCAACAAGCCCUGACAUAGUGGCUGCCAUUAAAAGGACUUUGGUUUCAUGUGGAGAAAAUCUUGUCACUUUACCAGGUAGUGUUGCAAGAGCUAUAAAGGAGGCUUAUCCACACUUCAACACCCUAAAACACGUGACUCCAACUUUCCUAAGGGACAUUCUCCGUAGGGUGCACAUCAUCUCUAAAGACGACAAACUCUGGCUUUUGGAAUAUGUCUUAAGUGAUGGCAAAUACAGAGAACUCGAGGGUCUUCGGCUACUUCCACUCAACGAUGGCUCUUUCAGAUCUUUCUCAAACAAAGAGGAGGACACUGCUUUAAUUCACAGCAAAGAAUUUCCAAGAGUCUUGCUACCAUUCUGCAAACACCUCUUCAUCCCAGAUGAUCUCAAUCCAGCCUGCAGUACCCACCUGAAAGAACUGGCCAGACAAAAUUUCUUCAAGGUCAUCAACAUUAAAGCACACCACGUUGCCGAAUAUACAAGGAGGUAUUUGCCACAGGACUGGAAGCAGGUGAAGACGGGGCUUGUUACCUGGGACAUCAGCAGCAGCAGCCAACAUCCACCUUUAGACUGGCUCCAAGAAUUCUGGAAAUUUCUCAACACUCACUUCAAAGAGUUAAGUAGUUUCACUGGAAUGCCAUUAAUACCAGUCAGUCCCCUCUCUGACAGUCAGCCUGUGUCACUAGCAAGACUAGAGCAGCAAACAACCCUCAUUUUUCAGAAAAGCAAGCAGGUGAACUUGCCAGAACAAAUAGCUCAGUUGGUAAACAAAGUCGGUGGCACAGUGGUGAGAGGAAACGAUUGGCUCACACACAAAGACCUCGACUCGUAUGUGUUGUGCCCAUCUCCAAGGAGUGUCAUGAAAGUCUUGGCAAAUUUAGAUUCUCAGGAUCUCAUCAGAGAAUUCAAGACUGCAUCUUACAAAGCACGAGAAGAACUGAAAGAUUAUCUCUCUCAUCUGGAUUCUCGUGUGGAUGCUCUCUCAACCACUGAGAAAGAUUUACUCUCAAAGUUGCCUCUGUUUCAGACCAUGAAAGGCUCCUGUGUUGCAGCUCAAUCAAAACAAGCUGUGGAUCUAAUUUCUGGUCUAACGGUACCAGCAGAGUUCCCUAUGCCCGAUUCCGUUGUGAAGUGUGCAACUGAGGCUGAUCGCAGACUGUUACAGCUGCUCAAAGUUAAUCUCUUGAGCACCGCUAACGCGACCAAUCUUCUCAUUGAUUGUAUCGAGAGGGGGACUUGCAGAAAAGAAGACACUGAGAAAAUCAUGACUUGGAUUUUACAGCAUGGUGAUAUCCUUUUCUCUCAAAGUCAGACCUUGAAAUGCAGAUGUAAGGACUUGAGCUUCAUUGAAGUGAAUGGAAAUCUGAAAAAGACCUCAAGCUUUUUUGAUCCAAGAAUUGAAAACUUUAAAGUCAUUUUUGAGUCUGAUUUCUUCCCCCCACCUUCAUACACUCACACAUCACAGAUGCUUCAAAGCCUAACAGAUCUUGGAUUGCUAUAUAAAGAAGUAGAUGUGUCACCUGAGCACUUGCUUCGAGCCGCCACACUGAUUGAUAGACGUCAUGCUGAUUCUCGAACUGAAGCUCUCAAUAGAGCUCAGGUGCUCUUGAAGAUGUUGGACACAAAUGAUCUACUCUCAAAGUUUUCUGAAGACCAGCUUCAUCGCCUCAAGAUGCUAAAAUGGAUCCCAUGUCCUAAUCCUGGUAAUUCUUACCAGACAAGUUCUUUCUUCUGCCCGAAUGAAAUAAGAGAUUCUGUGUACAACAACAUUGUUGGGCAUGUGAUGCCUCUGGUGGAAAAGUUCAGUGACAGAAUGAGCAGCCAACUUGGUCUGAAACGCCUGCCCCCACCUGAAAAAGUGAUCGAGAAUUUGUCAGUCUUGACAUCAAAAGCACAGGAAAUGUCUGAUCCUGACACAAAUGCGGAUUUCAAAAAGGAGUUGCAUAGCAUUUACAAACACAUGCAAGACCACAUUUCUGUAUAUUCAACAAAGAUGAACAAGGACACACCCUGGCUGUGGAGCCACAACCAGUUUGUAUCACUGCAGGAUCUGGUUCUAGACUACCCACCAAAUCUUGAUCUGAGCUCUUACAUUGGGAAGGUGCCAAAUGAAUUUCGGCCAUACAAGAACUUGCUCCGAGAGUUUGGCCUGAGAAUGUCGCUUUCAGAUGAAGAAAUUAUUGGUAUUCUUUAUUCCAUCCAGAAAACCAUUGAAGAAAGGCAACAGCCAUUUGCAAAUGCCUCUGAGGUAAAGGUGUCAGUAGAAAUUCUAAACUGGCUGUGGAGAGAGAAGAAGACAGUUCAGGAUGACAUCCCAGUGCCAGUCCUCAUAGAGGGUGAACAACAUACCCUAAAACCACUGUCAACUGCAGUCUUCUGUGAUGUCAGCAAAAAUGGGUUGAAGGAGCUUACGUACAGCGAGGAGGAAAUUCACGUUGUACAUGAAGAAAUCCCAAAAGCAGCUGCUGAAUGGUUUAACAUCCGAUUUCUCAGUACCCACAUCCUUGAUCCAGAGUUAGUGGGAAUAGAACAGUGUGGACAAUCUGAACCGAUAACAAUGAGGAUAAAAAACAUUCUUAAAGAGUAUGAUGAAGAAAGUGACAUCUUCAAAGAGCUCAUUCAAAAUGCAGAGGAUGCUGGGGCAGAUGCCUGCAAAUUCUUGGUGGAUUUCAGACUACACAAAGAUGGCCCUGAAAGUCUCAUUGACCCUGACAUGACUCUUUGUCAAGGACCUUGCCUUUGGGCAUUUAAUAAUGAGCAGUUCACAGCUGAGGAUUGGAAAAAUGUUGUCAGAGUUGGUUCUGCCUCGAAGGAAAACAAGGUGGAAAAAAUUGGAAAGUUUGGACUUGGAUUCAAUACUGUGUAUCAUGUGACAGAUGUUCCUUCUAUCCUCAGUGGCAACAGUCUUCUCAUACUUGAUCCAAAUGUGACACACCUCAAGAAGCACAUCAAAGUUAAUACAAAUCCUGGAAUCAAGUUGGAUCUCUCUCAGAAACGACUUUUUCAUUGCUUUCCUGGUCAGUUUGGACCAUAUGAACGCAUUUUUGAUUGUAAUUUCAGCAGACAAAGUCCCCCUGAGCCCUAUCCAGGCACUCUGAUCAGACUACCUUUCCGAACUGAAGAAGAGGCUUUAAAGUCAGAAAUAAGUUCAAAGGUGUAUCACAAAGACGAUAUCAUCACUUUUCAACAGCACUUUACUAACAAUUCACAAACGCACCUGCUGUUUUUGAAGAACAUCAAUACAUUGUCUCUACAACGUAUCUCAAACAAUGUAUCAACUCCUCCAAGAGAUGAUGAAAUAGAAACCGUCCUCACUGUCUCCAAAACCACUGUGAGUACGAUGAGGAUUACUGAUGAAACCAAUUUGUCAAAGCAAAGUGGAGCUGAGAAAUUAUUGAUGAAACUUGAUGGAAAAUGCGAAGAAGUCAUUGACUGCAGCACAGUCAACAUUGUCCAAAUAACUAGUCAGCAAUCUGGUGUAACUGAAGUCCAGCCCUGGCUACUGUACAACUGCUUUGGGACACAUCGGUCGUUGCAAAUGGCCCUGAAAGAAAACAAGCAAGCCAGGUUCUCUUUGCCCAUUGGGGGGGUUGCUGUGCCUUUGCAGAUGGAUCCAGAAACAGGGAAACUGGCCUCAUUACAAACUGAUCUUGUCGGACAGGCAUUUUGCUUCCUCCCUCUUUCCAUUCACACAGGUCUUCCAGUCAAUGUAAAUGGAACAUUUGCUGUGACAAGUAACCGAAAAGGUCUGUGGGAGAGUGGGGUGAAACAUGACUGGAACAAAGCCCUUCUUCAGGAUCCAGUAGUGACGGCAUAUGUUACUGCACUUUUGGCAUUAAAGAAAAUGUCUGAAAACAAGCAACUGGAACCUUACAGUUAUCACACAUUUUUGCCUGAUAGAGAGAAAGUGAGUGAUACUUUCAAGCCUUUGGUUGAUGCAUUGUACUCCACCAUUGCUCAGAACUCUAUUGGCCCAGAGCUCUUUAGUGAUGGAGAACAUUGGUGCUCAAUUAACAAUGCCAUAUUUCUACAUGAGAGCAUCGAAGAGGAUAAGGACAUCAGUGCACUUGUAGUGAAGGUAUGCAAGGAACAUGCAAAAGCACCCAACCGUGUUGUUCCUCUUCCACUGUGGUUGAGAAAUGGCUUCAAACAGUCUGGCCUUGAGAAAGUUUUACAGGAGAGAACAUGGAACUGGGACACGUUUUACCAAGAAGUAGUGUUUAACAACCUUACUACCAUGGAUUCUAAGACUAGAGAUACUCUUGUGCUGCAUGCUAUUGACCUAAAUAACAAAGACAUUGACAAACUACUGGUCUGCUAUCCAUGCAUCCCCACAAAAGGUGGACAGCUCCAGCUUAUCAGGAAACUUGUGAAUCCGUCAGGGAGAGUGUCCUGUCUUUUUGAAAUAGAAGAGGAACGCUUGCUUGGUGGGACAAAAAAUGACUUUUGCUCCCCCAAAAGGAUUCAACGCUUGUUGGAACUUGGAAUGGCAAAUGAUGAUCUCCCGCUGGAAGACAUCACACAGAAAGCAGGCACAAUCCCCAAAACCUGGAGCACAGACAAAAAGAAGGCAUAUGGGCAUUUGAAUUGCCUUCUUGAACUUAUGAAGAGUCACACGAAUGACAAAGACUCUCCCCACUGGGAAACAUUAAGGAUGACUGAAUUUCUCCCAGCAUUUUCCCCCGGUGACACAAAAAUGGACAGAAAUGUAACAUUUCAAAAACCCACUGAUAUUUUCAUUGGCAAAUGCUCCCCACUCGUUAACAUGACACAACAUGUGCUUGAUACCAAUCUGAAAAUACACAAUAAUGAUCCAGUCCUGCACAUUUUGGGAGUUCAUGACAGCCCAAGUCCUGAGGAAGUGCUUCAGCAGCUGCAAGAAGCCUGUGAGCAAUCUGAAACCAUUGACGCGUCCAUGCUUCACAAAAUAGCAUCUGAAUGCUAUAAGUUCCUGGAUCUGUGGCUCGGUGAUUCUGGGGAUUCCACUUUAAUUUCACAGAGGGCAAAUUCAUUCCCAUUCAUUCUUGUUGGCAAUACGUUUGUAAAUGUGAAUUGUGUAGCUGAAAAUGGGCAAUUUGAAGCAAAACCCUAUCUCUACAUUCUUCCAACUGCCUUCAAUGGUUUCAGGAGGCUCUGGGAAAGUGUAGGUGUUGAAAAAUGUUUUACAACCAUUCAGUUUCAAAAUGUGCUUCAGGAACUGCACUCUCUACAUGGUAACAAGACCCUGCCAAUGAGUGAUCUAACAAUUUGCCUCACAAUUCUCAAAGAAGGGAUAUAUGAGCCAGAAGAGAAAACAACUAUUGACUAUCUCAUACCCAACGAACAUGGUGUUUUACAACCUGCAAGUGAGAUAUUUUACAACGACAGCCCAUGGAUGCCAGUCGCUUCAGGUGUUGUAUUAUGUCACAAGUUUAUGCCCCGUGCUUUGGCAUGCCACUUUGGAAUCAAAACUACCAGGCAUUGUACCCUCCAAAACUGCGAAGUUGAGAACACUUCACCAUAUGCUUUUCAGUUUGAACAGCAGGAACAACUAACUGUUCGAAUUAAAAACAUAAUUUCAGCCUAUCCAGCUAAGAAGGAUAUCCUUAAAGAGCUUAUUCAAAAUGCUGAUGAUGCAGAGGCAACAGAAAUUCACUUUGUUUGGGACAAAAGACAUCAUGGCAAAGAAAAAACAUUUGGGGAGAAAUGGAACCCGCUGCAGGGUCCAGCACUGUGUGUGUUCAACAACAAAGUGUUUUCUGACACUGACCUGGCUGGCAUUCAACAGCUGGGAGAAGGAGGAAAGCACAACUCUCCAGGGAAGACAGGAAAAUACGGAGUAGGAUUCAACUCUGUUUACCAUCUGACUGACUGCCCCUCAAUCCUCACUGGAGAUGAAAUACUCUGCAUUUCUGAUCCCAAUCAGAAAUACAUUGAAAGUUAUUCAGACAAACCACUCUCUGGCACUGGCUAUAACCUAGUUGACACUUUCAAGAACAUGUACAUGGAUGUCUACAAAUCUUUUCUUCCAGACCAAUUUUCUCUUAAAGAAGGCACCAUGUUCAGAUUACCUCUAAGGACCAUGGCAAACGACUCUAAAAUAUCCCUGAAUGGAGUCACUGACGAGGAUAUGGAAGAACUAUGCUCUGCACUCUCUGAAGAUCCCGAAGGACUAAUUCUGUUUCUGAAAAACAUCUGCAAAAUAACAUUCCAUGAAAUCCAGGAACAUUCAGGGGAGCUUGAAACCAUCUUUGAAGUUGAAAAAAGUGUACCAGAGGAAUGCAGAGAAAGAAAAGAGGCUUUUGUAAAACUUCAACAAAAUGCGCUGCAAUCUGACAAAGCAACAACGGCAGACAAGGCUGUUUAUGAAACCUUGAUUUCAACCUCCAAGAAAAGACAAACUAGAUGGAUCAUUGCGGAACAGUUUGGCUCAUUUAAAAUCAAUGGUGACAGAGAGCUAACACUAUCAGACAAACUUCCCCAAGUAGCCAUAGCAGCGCGCGUGAGCUUAAAAAUCGGCAAGAGUUCAGAUCCAGCACUAUCCACACCUAUGGAUUUUAAUGGACAAGCCUUUUGUUCACUUCCUUUGCCAGGGAGAACUGGACUGCCAGUGCACAUCAAUGCAAACUUUGAGGUAGAUUCUGCCAGGAGAAGCCUUUGGAAAGAAGAUGGGCAGAGUUGUAAAUCUGACUGGAAUGAAUCUUUGAGACAGAAUGUCAUUGCUCCACUGUAUGCCGAUCUCCUCCAUCACAUCAGCUGUGGCAUUGCGAAAAAGAAAAGCCCUUGUCAACAUAUUAGGUCAUGCUAUGUAUGUUUUUGGCCAACUGUGUCCAAAGAUGUUGGCCAAGAAUGGCAUGAAAUGAUACACGAGGUAUACAGAUCAAUCAAAGAAAGAGGCCUUGAUGUGAUUCCAGUGAUGAAGAGUUCUACUCAAAUAAUUGCAGGCCUAAAAGUUAUGCAGUACUCCUUUGACUGGUGUAACGUCAGAGAAACUGAGACAACUAAGGCACCUUACCUGACACACUCAGUAAGAGAUGAGAUCCAUCCCAUUUUGGAAGAUCUUGGAAUGACAUUGGUUCCGCCUUCCAUGCAACAAGUUUGGAGAAGUUUCAGAUCCGCUGACAUUGAAGUGAAAGAUGUGAAUCCUUCAACUGUCCAGACUUUCCUGAGAGAAAAAACCCUCAAUGACCCAACCCAAACAGAUGAGCAGUUACCGUUGCCCAUAACUGCCACUCUGAUCAGAGAUGAAACAAGAUUGUCAAAGCUCUUGAGUUUCUGCUUAAAUGGUUUGGACUUGAAAAAGGUCACCAAGGAUAACUCCAGUUUACUCAAUGGGCUACCACUUCUUCUCACAAGAGAUAAAGUUUUGAGAGUGUUUAACUCCAAAUCUCCUAAACUGAUAUCAAGAUAUGAAGGUCUGUUCUUUGGCUACGAGGCCCAAUUUGCAGAUUAUCAGACCAACAUAGAGUACAUUCAUGCUCUACAAAGUUUAAGCCUUGUCAACAGUUUGACGGUUCCCUGUGCAGCGGAAUAUCUGAAGCCGUUAAUUCAGCAGCGUCUCCAGAAGUGUGAAGUUGAUGGACACAGUGGCCUUCAUGUCCCAAACAAGACCAUGUUGGAGUGGUUAAAAUCACUUUGGAAGUUCUUAAUGAGUGAAGUUAAACUUGCAACAUCUAGUGAUGAUAAACAAGGCCUGACAUUAAGUGAUGUGAGGCAACUCUUCAGUGACUGUUGCAUUUUACCCGUUGUGUUUCCAAGGUCAAACAACAAGCUCUUUCUGCAAACAAUGAAAGACAUGCCAAGUGUGAUUCAGUUUGCCUUAGAAAAAGACAUAUCAGGCAUCCUCUUUAAACUUGGUUUUAUGAAGCUUGACCAUGCAUUCUUCACAACGUCUGUAGGCCUACAUGUUUUUUCACUUCUAGGCUCAGAACUUCUGGAUGUGAAUGAUAAAAGCUCUGUGUUGGACCAGGUCGUCAACAUUAACCACUCAGAGUUUUCCAAGCUUUCUAAUAAAGAGAUGAAAGAGCUACAGUGUUUCCUGCAGUCUGGAGUAUCCAAGUCCAAAGACAAGCAAAAGUAUCAGAGAAACCUCAAAUCGUUGCCAUUAUUUGAAACAAUCCAUGGUAACAGAGUGAGGAUCGAUGGGCCUAAAAAGGUAUUUAUCCUCAACAGUAUGUAUUCAAAUACAUUUCCAGAUCUGUUCAUGCUGUCCAACAGCAGCAGCAUUUUUCUCCAAAAUAAUCCAGAUAACUGCAAUCUGUCACAAAUAUUGGAAAUCCAAACCCUGACUGAUUUGGACUAUUUCAUGAAGUUCAUUCUGCCCAUUGUACACACACUCACAGAGAUGCAGAUGCUUUACUGCCUCAAACUGUUAAUGACACCACAAUUCAGUUACUCUCAGGAUAGGGAGAAAAUCAUCCCCUCAAUGAAGACAGUGAAAUUAAUUCCCAAUUCUCAAGGCAGAUUGGAGACGGCAUCAUAUUUCUUUGAUGACAGUGUCGAGCUAUACAAGAAAAUGGUGCCCCAGGAGAGAUUUGUGCCUGAGCGAUUUUGGACUGAGAUGCGUGAAGGAAAUCUACUAACAACAAAACCGAAAGACUUACUCAGAGAACUUGGGAUGAAGCAUGUUGUGUCAAAAGAUGACAUAAUCAAUUUUGCACAACAAGUAGAAUCAGAAGCAAAAGAAAACGGUCAACUUGUAGAGUUGAAGAAGAAAUCAACACUCAUUUUCAAAGCAGCCUUGAAGAUAGUGAGUGACGACGAACACAAAGGGGGAAAGUUUCUGGAGAGCAUAGCUGACAUCAAGUUCAUUUUUCCUGUGAAAAUUCAAAAAGAACUGUGCAACUAUCACCAACCAUUUGCUGCUGAGAGAACUGCUGUUGGAAUAAGAGGGUCUUUGAUGGAAAGCGAUCCCAAGCAUCAAGAAUUGAUUUGGUCUUCAAUGCCAAUUAUACAUCUACCGGUUUAUAUGUCACAGAAGCUCCUGAAAAUGAUGAAGAAUGCAGGAGCGCUUGAACAACCACCUUCACACUGUGUAACCACGAACAUGAGCAACAUCUGUCGGUCACCAUGUAAAACUGACAAGUUGCUCCAAACCCGUGCUAAGGUGUUUCGAAGUGUGUAUGCCUAUCUGCAAGCAAACGGGUUUGAAGGACAAUCAUUGGCUGGUCUUCCAGUUGUGCUGGUUGAAAGAAACAAAGUACUUGUGAGUACUGAUUGUGCGGUUUUUUCACUCCCUGAUGACCGUGAGUUCAGACCGUAUUUGUACAACAUUUCCCCGCAGGAUGUUAUAUUCGCAGACUUCUUUAAGAAAAUUGGUGUAAAGGACAAACCUACUGCAGCUCAGUAUUGUAAUGUUCUGGCAGCAGUUUAUGCCGAUUCCUGUGAUAAACAACAACUAAACCCAAACCAACAGAAUACCGUGAAACGUGCUGUUGAGCAGUUUUUCAAGUCAAUCAACACUGAAGGAAACCAGUCCCUUGACGAUGUAAAGACUUUGUAUCUUCCUGCAGUAGAUGGUAAACUAUACCCAUCAUGCACAAUCUACUACAAUGACACAGUGUUUGAGAUCAAAAGGUUGGAAGAAGCGCUGGAGAAUAAGUUCCUGUUGCUCGAGAAACUCAGUGAAUGUCAUUUGGGCAGUGACAGAUAUCAGCAUCAAGGAUUGCUGCAAUUGCUGCCUCAGAAUUUCAAGCCUAAAAUGCUGACUCAAUUCACUGAGGAGAAAUUAGUGGAAUCACACAUGCAGCUUUGUGAGCUUGAACCGGACUGUGAUUUUAGUGGAUGGUUUGACAGACAUCUGUCCUCACGAGCAUUUACACAUGGACUAAUUUGCCUGAUCAGAGAGCAGUCUAAAGGAGAAACGACACAAGAGGAUGCUACUGACAUGUGCAGGAAGACUUUUGGCAGUAUUCAGAUUGUUUGCUGCAAAAGUCUGAAAAAAAAGCUUUGGGUGAAUAAACAGCCACUAAACAAAACUGCCACUGACACCGAUGUUUUUGUCAAACAAGGGCAACAAGGUUGCACCUUUUACUUGAAACACAACAAUACCAUGGCUCCCAAGGUUAUAAGUGACAUCAAUAUGAAAUUGACAAAAGAGAUUAAUGCUCUUUUAGGUAACAUAAUGGAAUCAACCCAACUCCUAGUCCUCGCACAACUUCUCAUGUGUGACAGUCUUCAACAUGUUCUGAGCUGUCUGGCUGAGAAUGAGAUCCAUGACAGUGCUGAAACUGAAAGUGUCCUUAAUCCACCAGCCCCUGGAUCCGAAAUUCCAGAGGAAUGGCAUGAUUCCUUAGACAUGGACAUCCUCAAUAACUUUGAAGAGGGGGAAUAUGUUGGCUACAACACUAAUAACAAGUACAUUUAUGCAAUUGUUGUUGAAGAACUGCCUGGGCACGCUGGACCCUAUUCACAAAGAUACAAAAUAGAAAUUGGAGAAGAUGAGCCAAUUGAAGUCAGUUGUCUUGACCUGUAUCAGUUUAAACGACAAAAGAAGCCAGAACCUGGAGGGAGGACUUGCACAUCCGCUGAAGCUUCUUGCAUGGAGCUGGUGCCACUAGCGGGAGCUGUGCCCCAUUCUUCCAAACCAUCAGCUACAAGUUCAUCUACAAGAUCCUCACCAGCAAGAUCCUCACCAGCAUCAGUUGAUGAAGCCAAAAGAGAAAUUGACAAAUGUUUGGCAGAUAUCUGGAUGCUUCCUGAGGAGGAGAGGCAUAAAGCCAUCAAACGACUGUACCUUAGAUGGCAUCCCGACAAAAACCCUGACUGCCAACUUCUUGCCACUGAGGCAUUCAAAUACUUACAGAAUCAAAUUGAUGAGCUCAGCAGAGGCAAAGGCAAAGGCAAAACUGCAGGCUCGUCCUAUUCAGGCAGGAACUCAAAUUUCAACAACUUCUAUCAGCAAUGGAAUCAGGAGGCCAGGCAUCACAGAGAUGGCCGAGAGAGAUUCUCUCGAGACAACCAUUCCUACAACUUUUGGACCCAUAAUGAAAAUGUCCCAAGUCCAAACAAAAAGGAGGCCAUGCGCUGGUGUCGUCAAGCUCACUGUGAUCUCAACGCAGCUUACAAAGACAUUGGUGGGGAGAGCACAGAGUGGUGUCUGUUCAAAAUCCAUCAAGCAGUGGAAAAGUCUCUCAUAGCUGCACAGUUUAAAAGAGAUGGUCAACAUCCCACAAGCAGCUCCAUUUCAGCCCUCGCUAAGAAGGUUUCGCUCUACAACCUCCAACUGAGAGUUCUGCCUCAAAUUGUCGAGAAUCUGAAGACUCUGGGAGUGGAUGCCAAAAAGACUCAGUAUCCAAACUAUCAUCCAUUUCCCCACAUUCCAAAUGAACAGUUCAAAUCAGAGAAUGGAAUGGCAGCACUGAACAAGGCAUCUGAGCUUCUCAGUAAAGUAGAGGCUUAUGUGAAUUAGGGAUUAGAGACAAACGCACAUGUCAUGUUGGCAGAGUCAAUUGAAGAUUUUUUGACAUGUCAAGAUGCUGCUAGCCAUAUUGUGAUAUUGAAACAUUACUAUAAACAAAAUAAUGGUAUCACUGACAUGCUUAUGUUUUGAAACUUCUGAAAUGAAAGAUGUUUUUUUUUUAGUCUUUACUGAAGACCAGUUUAUAUAUAACUACGUGAAUUUGUUCUGAAAAUGAAAAUAUGAUUUUUGAUUAUUUUUGCAAUGUUAUCAUUUAGAACUACUCAGAGGACCAAUAUACUCGCUGUAUGACUUUGUUAUGAAGAUAUAAAAGUUUUUUUGAAACGUUAUUUGUAAUCCAAUAUAAUAAAUGUACAUUAUUGUUAUGAGAAUGGAAAUAUGGCAGGUUAUUUUUUUGCAAAGUUAUGAUUUUUACUACUCAUGAUCAAUGUAGUCACUGUAUGACUUUGUCAUGAAAAUCUGAAAGUUUUUAUAACUACCAACUUAGGAUCAACAUAUUCACUGUAUGACUUUCUGAAUAUGCAAAUUUUUUUUUUUCUCAAAACGAUGAUUUAAACGUGUAUAACUAUUCACUGAGGACCAAUAUAAUCUCUGUAUGACUUUUUUCCUUAUUGGUUUCAAAACAUCAAAACACCCGAAGGACUGCAGUUUAAAAUUGACCAGCUGGCUCACACUGGCACAUACAGAAAUGAUUGUGAGUUGUCUUUAUGAAUGAAUAAAUAAAUAAAAUGGAA